UCGGCCGAGAGCCGUCGAGGAACUCGAGUUGCAUGCGAAUUUCGGUGCCCGCGACACGCGCACGAGGUCUCGAUAACCACCUCAGGCUGGUCGCAUCCGCACUUACGCAAGAAAAAAAAAGUAAUACUUCCGUGCCGCGAAACACGUCGAUAGAAUUGAUGACAGAGCCUGAAACCUGGCGAGUUCCUUCCGCCAGACCGCUCGAAAUGGAAAUUCUCCGGUCUGGCAAACUGGCGGGGUAACGUCUCGAAUUUUUUCACGUAAAAAAUUUGCAUGUGAAAAUGAGGCGUCGGACGCAGCCACGAUUAAUCGUGGCCUAAACCGUGGGCAGGCUCGACUCUGAAAGUUCGCUCGUGCGAAAGGGAAUCCAAAGGAAAGGCGGACGUGACUCGACUGAUAGGCGCGGGACCGACGAACUUGGGGUUACUAGUGAAUUUCCGGGGGAUACGGUGCUGCGUGCUGGUGACAGGAAGAGAUCGAUCUUUAAGCAUCUCCAGCCCCCGACUUGCGUUGGACGAUAGAAAACGUACGUCUAUCGAUCAAUCGAACAGUAUGCUCGAUGAACAAGUAAUUAACGGACACGUUUCAAAUCGAUGUGUAUCGUUAAAAAAAAAUCAGUGACUACGGUCCAUCGAUCGUUACGUAAUUCGCAUAAAGUACCCGUGGGAGAAUAAUUUUCAAAGGCCGGACAAAUUUUUUUCCGUAACUGAAAUUUUGCCGGCCGCAUUUAGAAAACGAGCGCGGACGUCGGCACUAUCGGGAAUUCCACGGAGACCGCCUGAAAAUUUUCUAUUGUGUUUGCGAAAUCGCCCCGCGCUGACGUACGAAGCAUGACGCGGCGGACUGCCGAAUGUGUUCGGUGAAGGACUUAGGAAGGACCCAGUCUCGCGGAAGUUAGUCUGCACGAGGGUUAAUGUUCCUGUCUCUCCAACUAGAACGACGGGGAGAACACACCAAGUUGGCCAAGCAUGAACGAGGGAAGAUCCGGCGCGACGGCCACCCGGAAAAUUUUCAUAGAGUUCACAUCGCAGGGAUUUCGCGUUCGAUAAAUUCCUAGUUGCAGAACAAAGGGAAAUGUCGGCCGACGUGAGAGCUGGUCGACCCACCAUGCCAACGAUUCCGCACUCCAAAAGGCCUACAAUCUUGGUGUAUCCUACGGUUACGCCGGAGAGCAUAAUCAUACCCAUCGUGUCCUGUAUUCUGGGGUUUCCGUUGCUGGCGCUGAUGGUAAUUUGCUGCCUACGGAGGAGAGCGAAGCUCGCCAGGGAGCGAGCCCGGCGAAGAAACUGCGAUUUGGAUCACGGCGCAUUGAGCCUCGUCCGUUUCAGCCCGGUACAUCGCCUAGCUGGCGUCGAUCGACCGGCACGUACGGUGUCCUUGAGGGGCGAUCGAGGAUCCCGCGCCUUCUCAUCCCUGGAGCUGGACACCGUCGUCGAGGAGCGUUCAGAUCCCGAGCAGAGCACGGCCCUUGAAUUGAGCAGUCCCGAUUAGCAUCCGGCUUCGGCGCCGUCGAGGUCCCCGCGACCAUCAAAGUCCUUGGCGGUGCCAGAGGACCGCAGUCCGUUAUGGACGGCUUUGACACACGCUAAUGCGGUCUCCGCGGCGCUGGGAGAUACCUAGCAGGAGGUGGAUGACGGCGGCUUAAUCGAAGCUCUCGUCCUGGAUCUGCCAAUCAUUUACUGACCGGCCGCACUCUGGAAAUAGACGUCUUGGUGGAGCAUCGGAAGGAAGCUGGACAUCCUUACUCAAGCACUACCAUAUCGCGCGGGAUAUCAGAAAAAUAUACGAUGCGUCGAGAGAAGUAAAUAAAACCAAGUUUACAACAGGAUGAUGUUGAAAAAGUGGAGCAUCGUGCGGCCGGCCUCUUAAUACGAAUGUACGUGUGUACGUAGACCGCGACUGAACAAUUGCGACCGACGUGAAAUUUUAUACCGUUUGCUCGCGACGCCGGCGAGUAGAGCUUUUUACACAAUAGUUACAAUCCUAGACGUAUCCCGGUCACCGUAGGAUGUAGCUGGUCUACAAGACUAAAGCAUCGAUGUAAGUAGAUUUUUCAUUGAUGUACAAACGAAAUUACAUGAAUAAAGUUAUUCGUGGCUGUA